AUGGCUGAUUCUGUCCCACCCCCUCCUGACUAUACUCACGAUUCGGGUGACUUGAGUGAUGACAGUGAUACCAGCCUUCAAGUCCUCAUCACCCCUGCCACAGGGGCUGCGAGUUUUCAAGUUGGUCAUCUUGGAGUACAAGACGAUCACGCAUCUGUGGAAGGCGAACUACACGUCAAGGAGGACCUGGUGUUUCAUGGGACCGAGUGUGGGACAAUAAAUCUUAUAACGGUGGAGACUGUCGAUGGACAUGAGAUCGAGCUGGCAGCGAGCGAGAGCGUCCUUUUCUCUAACGUAACUCAGUCAUCAUCUUCGCAGACAACCAGAUCAUUAUCCACACCACUGCCAUUUUCAAUACCGCUAAACCCAGAUUUGCCCCAAUCGGUUGUGACCCCAACUUCCUCCAUAUCGCACGCGCUUGUGGCAAAAUUGUAUCCAAGAGAAGGCACUCCUACGGUAAAAUCUCAUCAAGUCCAACUUGAGAGAUAUAGUUCCCCCUCAGCUGUCCCGAUCUCGGUCGAUCCGGUGUCGGUCGACGUUGACUCCCCAACUGCGUUCAAUGUCCAGCUGCCUCGUAGCAUAUUUCGUGUCGAGGAGUCGAUCCCAGUCUACGUUACUAUAGCACCUCCAAACCAUUCGGUGCUCAGAUCAGGUCUGCGCCUGAGAAACAUUAUGAUUGAGCUGUGGCGUCAUGUGAAGCUCGGCGAUUCAAGUACUCUUCCAUUAACUCCCGAUGUGGGGGAACCAAUCCCCUAUCCCUCUACGUCCUCCUCAGAGAAACCGCCCCCGAGUUGUGAUGGUGCCACGCAUUCUAACGUCAUUACUCGAUCCGGCUCUUCCUGUCGUUUUCAUUCCACAAGAUCUCUCAAGAUGCGAUUCAUAAUGCACGAUUCCACUGCAGAGUCGCUUGGCGCAGGAAAUAUUACCCAGACAACCCUGCUUCACCAUGUUACAUUUGAAAUCCAAGUCAAGGUCUCGUUUACGUCGUCCUUGUCACAGAAUGCUUCGGAAGUUUCCACGCGUAUUCCAAUUAUCAUACUUCCUCCGCUUGCGCCGGAGCCCAGGGGUGAUAUAAGCGACGAGAUUGACGCUGCAUAUCACAAAAAGCACGAUCCUCCUCCCGUCAAAACUGCACGAAUGGAUGAUUUGGGGGAAGGAUCCAGCCGGCCCCCGGCAUUUGAUGACGUCGCUAGUUCGUCAGCCUCACAUCCUUUAUAUCCUCCAUCACCUACCCGCUACGGGACUUCGCCCCCCUCAUUCCUUGAAGCAAGUCAGCAAGACGUGCUCGCAGUGCCCUCUGGUUCGGUUCCUCCAGCUUUCACUGAGGGCGAACACCGUUUAGGCGGAAGUAACGGUGGUUCACCGAGCCCUAUAUCGCCCCCAUCAUUCGAGGAGGUAACUUUAACCUCAGAGGCUACUCAUCUCCCCACUUUUAUCGAAUCACAAGUUGAGGCUCAUGCAGGCCCAUCGAACACGCAAUCCUCAUUCGGACAUUGGGUCUUCAAUCCCGCUCUUGGACGCGAAGAAAUGCAUUUUGAUGGCGAAGGAAGUCUCUACGGGUUCCACCCGUCUGAGCAUUAUGAUGGUUUGUCACAUUCAAUGAUGCAAAGCAGUGCGAGAGCAGAUGCCCACAUGACUACCGUGGCAAUGUUGGAAGAUGGGGAUCCGCUAAGGACAAAUAUCCCGGCUUUAACGGAAGCUCUUGCUCAGUAUGCAGGGGUUGCAGUAGAUGAGGAUGAAUUGUAUAUGUCAUAUGGCCCUAGUGCUGACGAAAACGGUAUCGUGCCGCCGCCGCCGCCUGCUCUAGACGACCCCUCUGAUCCACCACCAACGAUCGAUGAAGGUGUAAGUUCGUUGACUGAAGCGGAGCGAAAUCGCAGGGAGCAAGCGAUUGCUGAAGCUGCAGCGUCGGCGGCAGCCGCUGCCGCCACGAGGCUGAAUCCAGCAGGCCAUCCUUUGGGUUUCAUCUUGCGGGUGCUGCGGAGGAGGGAGCUACGUAACCCUGCGUCAAAUGAUGAUAUACGUGUUGAGGAUGGAAGGGCCCUUGACGCUGCGGAGGAAAGUCGUCCCCCUCCAUACUUAGGUGUUCCCUCCCAGAGAGCCAGUGUUCACGGGCCACCACCCUAUGUUGGCUAG